AUGGAGUGGUAUGUGUUGGUGUUGAUGCUCAGUUUGCCCUCUCUAUCCUGGGCUGAUUGCUCUGAACGGUGUCUCAAAUGCGCCCUGACAAUCUCCGACUCUCCACUCAAUCUACUGACCUGUAGGUUAGAGUGUGAAGGGACACUUACAUCCAGCAGUGAGCUGGAUCGGUGCCAGAAGAUUUUAUGGAAACAUCCUGAAGAUGACCUACAGGAGCCGACAGCAUCGAACCCAGUGAAGCGCUAUGGAGGAUUCAUAAAAAGGAUCGAGAAAAACAAAAAAAACCUGCUCACUUCACCCUGGAGGGAGAAUGCUAUAGAAAAAGGGUUGCUGGCAAAGAAAUAUGGUGAUGUCAUGUUAAAAGUGAUUGAGAGAAAUGUGCCUGAGCUGACCGAGGAUGUUGAAGGGGAAGAUGUUGCCUCAGAGAAUGAAAUAGGACUUUACGACAGUUCAUUUCCUCUAAAUGAGGUGAAACGUUAUGGCGGCUUCCGGAGAAAAUUCAUUCCCAAAAGAAGUGAGUCUGAAGAAGGAACUGGCCAGCAGGAGCUGCAGAAAAGAUAUGGAGGCUUCAUGAGAAGAAUCCGUCCUAAAUUAAAUUGGGAUAACCAAAGGAGAUAUGGUGGCUUUUUACGGCGCCAGUUUAAAAUUUCAGUGCGUUCUGAUGAGGAGCCUUCGUCAUAUGACGAAUUUGGCCUUUAG